GGGAGUUUUGCAAACAAUGUUUCGUUUAGCGGUUGCCUUAAUUUUGCUAACCGCGCUGACCGAGGCUUUGGACCUGACGUAUAUUAAUCUGAAACCUUUUAAAACAUCUGCUGAACGUAUACGCGAGCAAGGUUAUCCCGCUGAGUCCCAUUUUGUGGAGACCAGUGAUGGUUAUAUACUCAACCUCUUUCGCAUUCCCUACUCGCCACGUUUGGACAAUCACCUUGAGCGUAAGCCUGUAGUCUUCAUACAACAUGGUCUCUUCGGGUGUUCCGACUGUUUUUUACUAAAUGGUCCGGAGGACGCGAUCGCGUAUAAUUUCGUUGAUGCUGGUUUUGAUGUUUGGUUGGGUAAUGCGCGUGGCAAUAUUUAUUCCAGUAAUCACUCCAGUUUGUCGCCUGAAAACCCGAAGUUUUGGAAGUUCAGUUGGCAUGAGAUCGGCACCAUUGAUAUGCCCGAAUCGAUUGACUAUGUGCUCGAGCGGACAGGUGAAAGUGCACUACAUUAUGUUGGGCAUUCACAGGGCGGUACAGUUUACUUUGUGAUGCUUUCUUCUCGUCCCGAGUAUAAUGAAAAGAUAAAAACUGGACACGGUUUGGCACCCGCUGUAUUUAUGGGUAAUGUUACCGACGGCAUUGUUACGGCGCUCGCACCGUAUGUCGGCACACCUGGUAUGGGCGCUAAUUUGCUCUGCGAUCAACCGUUUGUACCGUACAACCCGCAUGUGCAGCGCUUGCUGGAUACGGCUUGUGGCGGCGCACCAGCAUAUCCAAAAUAUUGUAAAACACUGUAUCUAAUGUGGGCCGGCGAUGAACAGUCGAACCUUAAUGCGACAUUACUGCCUCAACUGGCCGAAACACAUCCUGCUGGCAUCUCGACUAAUCAAGGCAUACACUACAUACAACUUAAAGUGUCGAACAAAUUCCGUCAAUACGAUUUUGGUUCGAAGAAGAAUAAAAAAGUAUAUAAUCAGGAAGAACCGCCAGAGUAUCCGCUAGAAAAGGUCACAGCCGAUACUUUCCUCUAUUAUGGUUUAAAUGACGGUUCGGCUACAGCGCAAGAUAUGAAACGUUUACCCCCCUACCUAACUAAUUUGCGUCUGUUCUAUGAAGUGCCGAAUCCAACAUGGGGACAUUUGGAUUUCAUUUUCGCCAAGCAGGUUAAGCAGGAAAUCAACGAUCCUGUAAUACAGUAUUGUAAAGAUUAUGAAGAACGAUAUUAGAGCGAUCAAUAAAGAAUUUAAGAGCAAUAUGUAAAAUAUUUAUGUUAGUAAA